AUGAUACCCACCGCGAGCGCGCCACAUUCGCGCCCACACGGCAGGCCGUUGCUCCCCAAACAAAAUUUCGUCAACGAGAAAUAUCAUAAGCGACAUGGCCACACCACAUGGAUAUCGGUCCCCCUUUCCCUCUGUGGCCGGCGCUCCAGACUGUUCUUCCCCAACCCUAGCCUGAUCUAUCUCGCCGCAACGCGCAAGUUUGGGCGCAUUGGGGGCGUACUUGUCAUCUCAAUCACAUCUAUCCUGUGUUUCUUCACCGUGUUUGCGCUGUCUAAGCGAUUGAGCGGUCAGAAGAAGUGGCCCGGCGGUGAAUCCCCGAAACUCGUGUUCAAGCGAGAAGACUUAGCACAGAUAUGGAAGUACGAGGUGGCUAGUGGACAUCAUCCCAGUUGCAGGAGCAGUGAGUGUGUCGGCAUCUCUUCUCGAAUUGGCGCCCCACACGUGUUCCUUGAAAUCGCCGGUCGACGACCCAAUACUGCAUACCCACCGCGUCCAGUGCUAGGAAGCUGCGCAGACUUCGAUCUACUAAUAGAGUAUUGCGACUUCUCGGAGAAUAAAUACGUGAGAGACUGUCUCGAACUGUUACGACUCGGCGGAGGGCUGGACACUAACAAUCGCGUUCGACGGAAUCGGGACCCGUUGAGAUAUGUCUAUAUCGAGGACUCGGAAUCUUGGUCACAGCCGCCGUCAGACUCGUCGCCAACUACAUUCGAGCGCAAGGGUAUCAUCCGGAGCGAGCAUGAGUCCUAUCUCGACGAGGGAUUCACUAAAAGCCGUCACAACGAUUGGGAACCACCAAUCAUACCACGUCCUCCUGCUGCGUAUCACAGAUACUCUCGUGACGUGCCUUGCGAUCGAGAUGACCCGCGCAUAUUCCAUAUCUAUUGGACGGGACCUUUCACGGACAAGCCGUACCUGACAUUGUUGAGCUUCCUGUACACACAGAACACCGGCCUGCACUUUCAUGGGGACGUGGGCAGGACAGAUUGCAGUCCUCAGCUUUGGAUCUGGAUCAACCCUAGCCCGGCUGCGAAGCUUGCGGAAAACGUCACGCACAACUUGCGCGAGGAGCUGGAAUCUAAUCCAUGGUCGGCCCCGUUCCUCCAUCCUCGAUUCCAGCAUGCGAUCCAGUUCAAACUCUGGAACACGACUGAGCAGCUGGACGGCCUGCAGGAGACCCGGGAUGAUUGGUCAAAGAAGAAGACGCUGUUCAAGUCUGGUGGCCACAUUGUUUUCAGUUCUGGAGACCAGAAAAGCAAGGACAUCUCCAAGUUGACGGGGUCUGUGUCCCCCGAUCUCUAUGAUCGUCUCAGCGUCAUCAUGAGCGACAUGGCUCGGUUUUUGCUCUGCCACAAAUACGGCGGGAUCUAUGUGGAUGCUGACACGGCCUUUCUCCGGGACUGGGAAGAGCUCUGGGGCUACAAGGGUGCCUUUGCAUACCGAUGGUCCUUCCACGAUGCGUACAACACGGCUGUGCUCAGGUUGCGGAAGAACUCGCUGCUUGGACAUUUCCUAAUCCGAACUGCGGUCAAGAAUGGCUUUGAUUUCCAUCCUUUUGAGAUCACCAAGUAUCUCAAGGAGGGCCGUCUUGAAGGCCUACUUGCCCGGCUGCCGGACGCUCUUUUCGAUCCCGCAUGGCUGAACAUGGAAGGAUACCAAAGAGAUCGGCCUCCUCAACCCCACUUUGACCUUUUUGAAGACUUCUUCGAUACACCGUCCGUGAGCAGCGGUGCUCCCCUAGCACUAGGUUUCACCGGCUUCUUCUCGGGGGCGUACUCCUAUCAUUUCCACAACAACUGGUGGAGCAAAGUCGAUUCUGCGCGGAACUGGCCCGAUCUUGGCCCGAACUUUCCAGGUCACAUCGAAAUCGACGCGAGCUUCGAGGACGAACGCGAUUUGAACUGGUCGACCGUGUUGAAAAGGACUUUUGAAGCUUACAUCCGCGGAGAGAUCCCCAACAUGUACGGGGAAUGGAUCGCGUGGUAG